UGCCUUGACUCGGUCCUGCCCUCCGCGGGGCUGCUGGGGCUCGCCACAGCGCGCGCGAGCGUCUCACAUCUGCAAGUUCUCCCCCUUGUGCACCCGCAGCAGCUCUGCCUGGAGCGCUCAUCAACGCCAGGGCCAGCUUUGCUGCGCUCUUUGAGGCGCGAGCGCGCGAUGCCAGGGAAUUUGGGCCUGCCGUCCCCGCGCCGCCGUCGGGCGGCCAGGUUUUCGGAGUCCAGCGGCGACCUCACCGCGCACCAGAGGAGGGGGCGCAUCGACGGCCAGCUGCUCUUCCUGGCGCUGGCUGGAGCAUGCCUGCUGGCGGUUGUGUCCCUCAACCAUGGCAGGCAAGCCCAGGGCUUUGCAACCUGCAGAUGCAGGGCACAUGCCCGUGACAUGCUGAGGCACAUGGGUCACACAGUGCAGAGCACCACCCUGCAGCACCAGCUCCAGGCGGCGCGUGAAUCGUCGGAGCGGCGCUACACCCUGCAGCAGACCCAGACCGUCGUCCCCGGCAAGCGCCACCGCAAGCUAGAGCAUGGCCUGUCGCUUGAAGAGCAGCAGCAGGCGCUGCAGGCGGAGGAGGACGAGGGCUGGACUGACACAGACCAGCUGGAGGAGGAGGGAGGGCCGCGGGUUGCAGAAAUCGGCAGCGGCGAGGAGGAGGAGGAGGCUGAGGCCUUGAGCCUUGCGGCAGCGGCUCAGGACGAUGACGACGAGGCUGCGCAGGUUGAUGUGGCAGCGGUGGCGGCGGCAGCAGCAGCAGCAGCAGCAGAGGGAGAGGAGGAGGGCGAUGGCGAAACGGGGGCGGCUGUGCAGGAAGCCGUCGGCGCGGGUUACAAUGAGGAGGAUGAGGAGGAUGAGGAGGAGGAGGAGCUGGAGGAAGAGAUGCAGCGGCAGGAGGCGGCGGCGGCCAUGGAGGAGGAGCGCUUGGGAGCGUUGGGCCAGGAGGGCGGCGCCGGCGCCGGCGAGGCCAGGCCCGGCGCGGAGGCCACCGCAGAGGCCGCCGCUGCCGCCGCCGAGGAGGAGGGGGAGGCCGCCGCUGCCACCGCCGAGGAGGAGGGGGAGGCGGCGGCCGAUGCCGGCGCCGGCGCCAGCGCGUCUGAUGUGCCUCGCGUCAAGGACGCGGGCGGCGGCUCUGUGGGCCUUGUGGUGGAGCCCAAGCCGCACCGCAAGUCGCCCUACCAGAGGGCGCUGGAACAGUGCAAGACGCUGGAGUGCGUCAAGCAGGCGGCCAGGAAGAAGAGGUUCCGCGGCCAGUUCCUCUUCCCACACUUCUUCAUCAUUGGCUGGCAGGCGGGCCUCCCCCUUCUUGCUGCGCCCUGCGCCGCUGCGUGCACUGCCAGCUUGUUCUGCCUCCCUGUCGCUUCGGGUCCCUGGGCCCCAUGGCCUUCUGCGAGCCUGUGCUUGCCCAAGAGUGCCACCACCUCGCUCUUCCACCACCUCAUCCUCCACCCGCGCAUCAAGUGCCCCUCGGAAAAGACGCUGCACCUGGACCGCAUGCUGCGCGGCGACCUGCGGUCGGCGACGUUCGAGGGCUCCACCCACUAUGCCCGCGAGGGCCAGCGCCUCGCCCCCGGCAUCGCCCAGACCUUCCCCUGGGCCAAGCUGAUUGCGUCGAUGCGGGAGCCCAUCUCCCGAGCCAUCUCCAUGCUGGCGCACAACCUGGACCGCCGCAGCAUCGGCUGCCUCACCAAGCGCCACGUCUUCCACUGCCUCGAGCGCGACCUGCCCGGCCAGAACUACUCCGAGCCCUUCCAGGCCUGGCUGGACGCCUUCCCGCGGGAGCAGAUCAUGCUGCUGCAGUACGAGAGCCUGACCGCGCCAGAGCAUGUGGCCAGCCACCUGCGGGCCGUCAAGAGCUUCCUGGAGGUCGACCCUGAGCUGCCUGCCAAUGAGCUGAUCAAGAGCAACACGCGGGAGGAGCGGCUGGGCAAGAAGCCCGAGGGCUGGCCCAUGAAGCGCCACGAGUACGAGAAGCUGGUCGCGAUGGUCCGCCCAGAUGCCGAGAGGAUUGCGCACGUGGUGACCAGCUACGGCUUUGGCGACGGCAGGCAGUGGAUGCGCAACUGGGAGCGCGCGUGGCAGGCCAACCUCAACUCCUGCAACCUGCAGGACGACUGCGUCAUCCAGCUGACCUGA